CCCCCCCCCCCCCCCCCCAGAUAGUACCAAAGUCGCUUUCAGCUUUUUUGACCCAACAAACUGCGUUUAACUCCCACGCACAAAAGCACGCGAUGCUUAGAGCGAUUUGUGCAGAAGUGAUGGCCAUCAAGACCGAAGUCUGCAUCUCCAAGUAUUUGGGUCAAAUCCCCAAGCAUAACUCAUUUUGACAGUUAGGGGCACCCGCUUACCAGUAACAAACGCUUUCACUUAUCGGACCUCUGACUAAGAAGAUACUGGAAGAUCUUCAAUUUCAGUUGAUCGCAAAAUGCGUAGGACAGGUUUCUGCUCAAGUUUUCAUGCCUAACACUUUCCGUUGGUACUGCUUCCUUGGUCGCAAUGUUCGAAAAGCUGCUUUAAAAGGUGUCCUCCUUUAGACUGGUCAAAAACGGCUUUCCCGGUGGACUGGUAUUCAUGUAAUUCUUGGAGCUGAAAGCCACAAAAGUGAAUGGCUUUGCAAAACAGCCAUGAGAGUUUAUCAGCUACGUCAAGUUUCUGUCGCGGUAGUUUUCUGCAUUUAAAUGAAUCGCUUUUAAACCUUAAUAGAACGCCCACUAAGACCAAAACAGCUUCGCGCGUAGGCUAGGACGAAGCAAAUAUGAAUUAAUUCGUACUGCUGACAGGCGUGACUGUGAUAACUCAAAGGUAGAGCACCCGAAGAGAAUUCAUGGGAAAGGGAAAAGUCUCCUUAUUUCCCAUUGUCUGCUCUAAAAAGGCAUUCGUUGUAGAAGGAGCUACGAACCCCGACAAGCAUUUGUUGAAAAUACAAGUAAAUCGAGCUUUGUAGGCAUUUCAGUCCUAGUAUUAAACACUGAGAAGUAUACCUUGGAGAGUAUAAACGGGUCGCAGAUAAGGGGGUCGAGGGUCAUUAAGUUGUGCACUCCAGGAGCUAAAUGCAUUUAUAAAGUUGGCAAAGGUAAUCUGGGUAGUUUUCCAAUAACUUACUAAUCAAAUGCUCGGGCUGACUGACAGGGCUUUCGACUCGAUUGGAUCCCCUGUCAGUUAAAGCAUCAAAACGCUUGCAAUGUACGCGCACACUCGUGCAUCGUCCUCGACGAGGGUUAUAUUCUUGCUACACAGACGUGAACCGGAGUUAUAUUUGGGAAGACUUUUGCAGCAUCGGUCCCACUUACCUUUCUGUCCCCCACUAAGUUACUGUCACAAGGCUGAGAUAAGAGGACCGGAGAGGAGAAUAAGUAGAGUACCCUGCGCGCAUUUUGCCCCAAACUGUGAAGCUUAUGUGUAAACCCAAGUGACCCCUGGCUUAGUAAAAUCCUGGUGCUUGUCUUUGCAGGGCCAGGUCGUGCGCAUGUCGCGCGCAGACAAGGUCACCGGUUAUGUCAGCCUCUAUGGCACGCCUACUCUGUGGCGACACGCCUAGAUGCGGCUUCGGCCGCGUCAGCGCCUUUGUCUUUGGUUAAAAUCCUGGUCAUUUGCUAUGCCGAGCGGGCAGCGUGGAGUGGAGCGCCAAGGUGCUUGACACACCCACCCCGCCAAGCCCCACUCCCAAUCCACCACCUUGUGCACCCACUAACCACUCCCCAACCGACAUCGACGCCACCGACCUUACCACCUCCCACUCCUCCCCUUCCUCCUCUUCCUCCAUCACUGCCACAACGACGGCCGCUUCGGCGUCUGUCGCCCACGACUUCACCACAGCCGAACCUGGCACAACAACCGGCACAACCCCUGCAACCUCCAUCAUCAGACGUGAGGGCCAGCACUACAUCUGCCCUCACUGCGAUCGCACCUUCACUUCACGCAUCGGCCUAGUCGGUCACUUGGGAAUCCAUCGCACAGAGACUGGCGAACCAGUGCCUGGAGCACCAACCUACACCCACCGCACUCGCCUCCACUGCCCACACUGCCCUCGCACCUUCACGCAUCGCAUGGGUCUAUUCGGCCACAUGCGCAUCCACGACGACCUGCGGUAG